AUGUCGGCCUCACUACCAGGGUCGCGUGACUUGCCUGCUUCUCAGUAUGACCUGUCUACAUACUGGGGACGAGUUAAGGAAUCAGCACAGAUAGCAGACCCAAGAACGCUGUUCGUAUCCGCCGAUGGUCUCGAAAAUGCCAAGCAACUCGUUACACUCUACAAGACUGGCAAGACGAAGCAGAUGACUCCAGAGCUAUGGGAGGCUAAGAAGGUCGUUGACUCGACGUUACAUCCAGAUACUGGGCAACCAGUCUUCUUACCGUUUCGAAUGUCAUGUUUCGUUAUAUCGAAUCUUGUCGUGACGGCGGGUAUGCUCACGCCCAAUAUGGGAACUCGAGGCACUCUGUUCUGGCAAAUAACGAAUCAGUCGUUGAACGUGGCCAUCAACAGUGCCAAUGCCAACAAAUCGUCUGCAAUGACUACCGCCGACCUGGUCAAGAACUACCUUGCGGCCGUCUCAGCAUCUUGCACAGUCGCGCUUGGAUUGAACGCCAUUGUGCCUCGUCUGAAGGGCGUUAGCCCCAAUACACGGAUGUUGCUCGGCCGACUGGUUCCAUUUGCCGCUGUCGCUAGCGCUGGCGCUCUCAACGUGUUCCUCAUGCGUGGAGAUGAGAUCCGGCGAGGCAUUGAUGUCUUCCCUGUCCAGACGGCCUCUCAGAAAGCAGAGCGCGAGAAGACAGGCGACGAAGUGCCCAGUCUAGGAAAGUCCAAGAAAGCAGCAACACUAGCUGUAGGCGAAACGGCAAUAUCUCGCGUCCUGAAUUCAUCGCCUAUCAUGGUUCUCCCACCACUGAUCCUUGUCCGACUACAGAAGACCGAAUGGCUGAAGCAGCGGCCGAGAAUGGUAUUGCCUGUGAAUCUGGGUCUGAUCUUGACGACCAGCAUUUUUGCGCUUCCGCUGGCGCUGGGUGCAUUUCCUCAACGACAAGCUGUGAGCGCAACUUCGUUAGAAGACGAGUUUCAUAAGCGUGGUGGAGAGGGCGGACUGGUGGAGUUCAAUCGAGGUCUCUGA